AUGCCCUUGAGACACCCCGCUGUGAGCAGCCGCUCGGAGGAAAGCGAGGUCUACCUGGAGGGAAUGGUGGACUGGGAGCUAAGCCGCCUGCAAAGACAGUGCAAGGUGAUGGAAGCCGAGAGGCGGACCUACAGCAAGGAAGUCCACCAGCGCGUGAACAAGCAACUGGAGGAGAUCCGGCGCCUGGAGGAACGGCGGGCCAAUCUCCAGGUGCAGAUCAGCAUCGCCCAGACCCAGGUCAAGCGGCUGCGGGACAGCCAGCGGCUGGAACGCAUGGGCCAACUCCUCAAGUGCCGGGCCCAGGUGCAGGCGGAAGUGGAGGAGCUGCAGAAACAGAUCAGAGAGCUGGACAGGAAGAUCCAGGAGUGGGAGUCCCGACUCUUUUCCCAACAUAAGGGUGUCAAGUCUCCGGGAUACACCAUGGAUCAGAAGGUCAAGAUCCGGAGGCGGAUCAAAGUUCUGGAAGACCAGCUGGACAGGGUCACCUGCCGCUUUGACAUCCAGCUGGUGCGGAACGCGACGCUCAGGGAAGAGCUAGACCUGCUGCGGGUCGAGAGGAACCGCUAUCUGAAUGUGGACCGGAAGCUGCACAAGGAAAUCCAGCUUCUUCGGCAGGCUGUCAACACCCUCAUGGUCUCCUCCACCUCGGCCUACACCGUCAGGGAGGAGGCGAAGACCAAGAUGGGCUUGCUGCGGGAGCGGGUGGAGAAGGAGGUGGCGCAGAGCGAGACCGAGGCGCAGGGCCUGCAGCGGCAGAUCUCGCACCUGGAGCACUUGUACGCCUUUCUCACGCUCAAGAGCAACGAGCGGCAGCCGGAUCCCGCCGUCCUGGAGAAGCGGGAGCAGCGAGCCCGGGAGGUGGCCGAAGGUCUCCGCAAGACCUCCCAGGAGAAGCUGGUGCUGCGGUAUGAGGACGCCCUGAAGAAGCUGUCGCAGCUGACUGGGGAGAGUGACCCGGACACGCUGGUGGAGAAAUAUCUGGAGAUUGAGGAGCGAAACUUCGCGGAGUUCAACUUCAUCAAUGAGCAGAACUCGGAGCUGGAGCACUUGAAGGAGGAGAUUAAGGAGAUGCAGGAGGCCUUGGCGAGCGCCCGUGCCAAGGAGGAAGCCGAGAGCUCUCUUCGCCAGCAGCAGCAGGCGUCAUUGCGGCAGCGUGUGGGCGAGGUGGACGCAGAGGCCUCGGACCUCUUAGCCCGCUUCCAGGAAUUGCGGGAGCUGCUGGAGAAGCUGAAGGCCGCUGCCCAGGUGGAGGACAACCCAGGCACUGUGGGCGAGGCCGUGUCCAAGGUAUGGGAGGUGUGGCACGUGCCGUCGGGGCCCCUUGAAGGGGGGGUGUCACUGAGCAGUUUCCAUCACCAGCAGGAGGACCCCCCGGGUUUCGAGGGCAGAGACGACUACCCCAUGAGCAAGGAGGAGCUGCUGAGUCAGGUGGUGAAGUCGCUGGAGGCCCGCGAGCAGGCCCGCGAGCAGCACCAGAAGGAGCUGGCCGAGGCGGUGCGCAAGGCGGACAGCAGCCCGGGCUUCGCCAGCGCGCGCGGCGCCGCCUCGGGCACGGCCCUGGUGAGCGCGCGCAGCGCCAGCCGAGUGGUCCCCGGCUCCAUCCUCAGCCGCCGGACCAACGGCGUCCUGACGUCCAGCGGGGGCCGCGUGUCCGGCUCCAACGUCGGCCACGUCACCUUCGGCCUCUCCAGCCCCAGCGGAGGCCAGAGGGCCAGCCCCGCCUCCCACGGGGACGCCGGCCCCCGCAGCUCCAGCCCCGGCAGUUCCCCGGCCUCCACCGGAGCUGACACGUGUCCCCGACAUCGUCCUCACGGGGUCCCUGGAGUCCGGCCACAGCAGCAAUGUGAUGUGCUCUGCACCCUGGGCCUGUGA